CCUGGAGAUAGAAUACUAGAGUUGAUUUAACAAUAUCUUUAUAAGGUUUGUUUUUACAUUUUAUAAUACGUUUAUGGGGAUGUUAGUGUUUUUGCCUGUUACUUUCUGUCCAUAUUUUGAUUUAUAAUUAAGUUUCUGCCGCCACACUCUAUAUUCUUGUUCGUUCUAUACUUGAUUUUGUCUGCUCUACGGUGGCUUUACAAGGACGUUUUCAUCUACCAUCUACGCACACUUCCAUUAACAUAUUUCUGCUUUAGGUAGUGGUAUAUUUUAUCACUUUUACUGAUAUUGGUCAGAUUUCUAAGUUGUCACAGCAUAUUCUAAGGAUAUUUAUAAAAAAUGGGAAGAAGACCAGCUAGGUGUUAUAGAUAUUGCAAGAACAAACCCUACCCCAAGUCUCGCUUUUGCAGGGGUGUUCCUGACCCAAAGAUCAGGAUUUAUGAUAUGGGUCUUAAGGGCGCCGAUGUGGAUGAUUUUCCGUGUGUUGUCCACAUUGUUUCCGGUGAAUAUGAACAGAUUUCAUCCGAGGCCCUUGAGGCUGCUCGUAUUUGCGCAAACAAGUUCAUGGUAAAGUCCGGUGGUAAGGAAUCUUUCCAUAUUAGGGUGAGGGUUCACCCAUUCCAUGUACUUCGUAUUAACAAAAUGCUUUCAUGCGCCGGUGCUGAUAGACUUCAGACAGGAAUGAGAAGGGCUUUCGGAAAGCCUACCGGUGUUGUGGCAAGAGUUAACAUUGGUCAGAUUUUAAUGUCAAUUAGAACUAGGGAGCACCUCGUUCCAAAGGCGGUUGAAGCACUUAGAAGGGCAAAGUACAAGUUCCCCGGUCGUCAGAAGAUCUUCGUUUCUAAUAAAUGGGGAUUUACGCCCUUUUCAAAGGAGGAAUACCUCAAGUAUCAGUCUGACGGAAGGCUUGAAAAUAAGGGAGUUCAUGUGAAGUGGAUUUCUUCGCACGGACCCCUUUCCAAAAUCUUCCCAAAUGCUGCAGAUAUGCAUCUCCCUCUUGAUGAUGCAAUUGUUUCUCCAAACUAACAGCAUAUAGUCU